AAGUUGGCAACUAUCUUAAUUUUUUAGUAGCUCCUUAAGUUUCAAUGCUUUUCUUCUUAUAUUAGGUAGCUGAUUCACUGGAGAAAGGAACCGAACAUGAAGAUGAAUACAUGAUUAGUGAAAAAGAGCUUCUAGUAAACAAAUUCAUUUCUAUCCCAAAGGACAUGGGGACGUUUAACUGUGGAGCAUUUGUUGCUGGAAUAGUACGGGGCGUUUUGGACGGUGCCGGAUUUCCGGCUGUUGUAACUGCGCAUUUUGUGCCUAUGGAAGGUCAACAACGACCACGGACGACAAUUUUGAUAAAAUUUGCUGAAGAGGUGCUACAAAGAGAAGCAAGAUUAGGCUGAUAUUUAUACCAAGAAUUUUUAAUUAUGAUAUCUGUAAUGCUGUACACCACCAUAGAAAGAUGUGGAACUUACACCACUGCAUGUGAAAAAGUAAUUUAGGAUUUUCACUACCCUAUUGAUUUCUCUGAACUCAGUGAUUUUUAUUCUGAUGUAUGUUAUGGUCGGAAUUAUCCUUACUGAAUUACAUUGUACAAAAAAAUCUCCUGUUCGUGUUGAUGCUAUUA